CUGCGCUCAUUCCUUGGAGGAUGACUAGACAUGAGCACAGCGGCGUGGCCAGGAGGGACCUGAUGGCAGAGCCCGAGCCCCCUCCAGAGCUGCAGCUGGAUGAAGCCGGAGCAUCCUCAGCCCCGCAGGGAGUGGCUGCAGGCGCUGCUCCGCACCCGGACCUUUCACGCAGCCCAUUAGACCCAGCGGUGGGUGUGGGGGUGACACCCCUGCACGGGGGCAGCCCAGAUGCCCGCCAGGAGCUGCAGGCAGACGGCGGGGAUGCUUCCUUGGAGCUAAACAUGCCAGGGCCCCAGCUGGACGAGGAUGCGGCCGGGGCCGGGACCCCUCUGGACGUGGAUGUGGCAGGAAUCCCGCUGGACGUGGAUGCAGAUGGAGUAGAGAUCCCACUGGAUGUGGAUGGGGCAGGGAUCCCGCUGGAUGUGGAUGCAGGUGGGACGGGGAUCGCGCUGGACGUGGAUGCAGAUGGAAUAGGGAUCCCGCUGUACAUGGACACAGACGGGGCAGGGAUCCCAGCCGACGCGGACGCAAACGGGGCAGGGAUCCCGCUGGACAUGGAUGCAGAGGGGGCGGGCAGCCCCCUGGAUGCGGAUGGCACGGAGCAUCAGUGCCUGACCCUGGAAGAGCUGGGGGACUACUUCCAAGAGUGCAUUGAAGCCGUCGAGCAGUUGGAGAAAGAGAGAGACAGCCUGAUCGUGGAGCUCGCCCAGCUCCGGGAGCCAGCACUGCAGGAGAUCCGCCAUGCCCACGAGGAGAUCCAGGCAGCCUGCCGGCUGCUGGCCAAGGUGGAGCUGGAGAGGGACAACCUGAAGGAUGAGAUCCGGCAGAUCAAGCAGAAGCUGUUCAAGGUGACGAAGGAUUGUGUGGCUUGCCAGUACCAGCUGGAGAGCCGGCGGCACGACCUCUCCCAGCACGCUGCUUACCGGGGCGAGCUGGAGACCCAGGCUGGGCAGCUCUCUGGCGAACUGUCCCGGCUGAAGGAGACCUGCGAGAAGGAGAAGGAGGUUUUGAGGCAACGGUUGGAGACUCCGCCGUGUCGGCAGGAUAACCUGUACCUGCAGGAGAGCCGCCGGCUCUCCAUGGAGUUCGAGAGCUUCGUGGCGGAGAGCCGGCGGGGUCUGGAGGAGCACUACGAGCCCCAACUGCUGCGGCUGCUGGAGAGACGCGAGGCAGGGGCGAAGGCGCUGCAGGAGAUGCAGGGGGAGAUCCAGGGGAUGAAGGAAGCCCUGCGGCCCUUGCAGGGGGAGGUCAGCCGGCUGCGGCUGCAGAACCGGAGCCUGGAGGAGCAGAUCGUCCUCAUCAAGCAGAAGCGGGAUGAAGAGGUCGGGCAGUAUCGGGAACAGGUUGAGGAGCUGGAAGACAGGCUGAAGGAGCUGAAGAACGGGGUCCAGCUCCAGCAGCGCAAGAAUCAGGAACUGGAGGAGCUGAGGACCAGCCUCCACCGGGAGCUCUCCAUCUACAAGAGCUGCUUAGAAAUCUACGGACACCUUUGCAAAUCGGAAGAAAAAGCAGACCAGGACUGUUAGGAAUGAUGGAUUUUUCCUCGUUGUAGCAAAAGGAAAGGACAGAGGCAUCUGCAGGGGACAUCUCCUCUUGCUGCUUAUCCUACCUGACGCGCAGCAGCUCCCUGAAGUCAGGGAUACCAGACAAUCGUUUGCUUGUGUGUAUUUCUCCAGGUGCUGCUGUCGAUCGCGUAGUAAAACUGCUGUUCCACAGAGGAGCAGAGAAAAAUAAUACUUGCACUGAACAAUGGACGUAUAUGAAGAAUAACAGAUGUAUGUUUUGCUGUGUUUGGAAAAUUUAUCUUGUCUUGCUCCAUUGGCGGAUUGUAUAAGCCUGCACAGAAAGUAUUGUUCUGGAAGCCAGUGUUGGGGGGUUUGAUUUUUAAAGUUUACAUGCAAGAGAAGCUUUAUCCUUUUAACAGGAUUUUCUUUUGUAUUUCAAGGGUCUCUGCUGUAUUGUGACAUGCUUAAAGGUCCUUUCCAGCCUAAAUGAUUCUAUGCUCCACCAUGGGCCACAGAAACUAGUUUGUGGAUAAUAGGUUUCCACUUUAUAUAAAGUCUCACACUGAAAAUAAAGGUCGGAGUUUAAGGGUC